UAUAGUGUAACCUUUUUUAAAGCAAAAUAGGUUUGUAUUUUACACCUAAAUAUAUAAAUUGUCCAAACAAUUUAUCCUUAGAUUGAAUUUUAAAAUAACUAGUCUACUUCACACGAAUAUAACAAAGCAAACAUGUUGAAAACUCUCAUAGAAAAGUUAGAAAACAUUGAAUGUAAAUUAUUUGAAGUCAAAAACGAACAUUUGCUUGGAGAAAAUGUUGUACCACAAGUGCUCUAUAAGAGUUUAACAAAUACAGUAAAUAUUUUGAACUCUUUAGUGAACAAAACAAUCCAGAAUAAAAACUCAAAUGACGAUAUCACUUUCUCUUUAGGUAGAAGUUGUAUCAGUGGUGAUGAACACAUGUAUCCUUGCUUUAGUAGAGCAGAUGAGUUUAUGAUAGAGGUAAAAAACAUCCAUUUAGACAAUAGUGAACUUCCUACCAGAUUAAUCAAGUUUCUAAAUUUACUUGGAGAUUUGUUAUUUUCCAUUUGUGAAAUAGGCAACGUCAAAACAAAAAUUGAUUCAGGAAUAACAGUAGGAGAGAUAGUGAUGGUGAAAAAACAAUACUUAACAUUGUGGGAGAUGAUGAAAUCACAAGAUUAUCCAAUACAGGAAAUUGUGAACAAAUCACAAGGUAAACAAGAAGACCAUCCAAGCAAAGCGAACUUGGUCUCUGAAGUUGUUGAUGCUAUGGAGUUAUGCCUAAAGGAAAUGUCUAAAGUGAAAUUGGCUGUUGAACAUUGUGUUAAGAGAAACCUGAUAGAAUUACAAUUCAACAAACCAGAAGAGGAGUUUGAGAUGGAAAAAAAUGUAAAACAAGAUAAACACUCAAGCAAUGGCAAAAGUUUGACAUUUCUUCAAGAAUUUCUACAAAAACAACCAACACAUUUGAACCAAUCUGAACCUUCAUCAGGGCCUCAGGGACAUUAUUUUAGAUCAGGCCUCUUGUGUCAAAAUUAUAAGGAAUGGGAUAAAUUUAAUGAUUAUAGCUUUGUCCAAGAUCCACAUAUAAACAUUUUUAACCCUCCAUUCAUGUAUUCACCGGAUGUGCUAUUUUUUGAACCACCGACUGUAGUUUUGAAACCACAGGUGGAGCCAACAAUAAAAAAUUCCCUUCCCAAAAUCUAUAGUGUUGAGUCAGUGAAUGAAAAUGCUAAAUGCAUAAGUUAUGACAGUUCCUUAGAAGACAAUGGAGAUACUGACGCUAUAUCUAGUGAAAAUAUGAACCUUAUAAAGGAAAAUGAAUCUAAAAAACACCUCUUUGAAAACUUGGAUGAGGACCUAUUUACAGAAAAUCUAGUAAGUAAAGUAAAUAGAGAAGAGUAUACUAAACUGAAAGAAAAAAUAUGUUCCUUAAUAGCAAUGCUUAAAACAGAAAACCUUAAUGAUAUGGAAGAUAUAUUUAAGAUGACACCAGAAAAGGUAAAACAUAAAGAAACAUUGAAUGUUGACCAACUGAAUGAGAGAAAAGAACAAAUAACCACUAGUAACACAGUAAAAAAGGGAAAAAUAUGUAAAAGCAAUAUAAGGAAAUUGGAAAUUGAAAAUGGAAAAACACCUAAGACUACAAACAGUAAAAUUAAAAACAUAGGAGAAAAAAAUCAUACUAAAUAUAAAGAAAGAGGUCUGGAAAAACAGCCCAAAAUUCAAAUGGAGAACACAACCAACUUUGGGUCUACUGGCGAAAACGAAGUAAUUUAUGAUGAGCAAUCUGUUAUUGAACUUUUUAAACAAAAUAGAUACACUAUUGACGAUUCUGUAAAAACUCAAACUCAGAGUAACAACGUUGGACUUUGGCCGGUGGUGGCUAAUUAUAUAUAUGUAUCCAAAGGCGAGAAAUCCAAAGACUGCAACUCUGUUUCGAGUGACACCUCAAGUUUGUUGAAUAAAAAUUUUGAAAAGAGCUUUUAUUCCCUUCAAAUGAACAAAAAGUAUGAACAAAAGCGAUUGUAUGAUGGAGACAUAAUUGUUCUUAAUCAUACAAGAACCCUGCAAAAAGAGAAAAUUCUAAAUGCCUCCUCAUGUAAUCAAUUUGCUGUUGGUAGAGAGGAAAAGAUUUCUGAACAUAUGUAUCUUAACCGCUGUGCAGUCAUGGCUGAUAGUGUAAAUCAAAAUAAGUUUCUUAAAAACCUUUUAGUUCCAGCGGAUGGUAGGGGAAGGGCAGCCCAGCAACAAACUUAUGCAGUACACUAUGCUGACUGUGCAGACUCAUUUGUUGUGACCAAAAAUUAUAAAAAAGAAAAAUUAAACUUUUUAAACUUUGACGGCUACAACAGUUCUCAAAACUGGGAGAAUUUUUUAUCAAUAUUUACAAAGUUUGGAACCAACACUCGUAUUAACCAGACGAGAAUAUUAGGAAAAAUAUUGAGAAACAUCAGCUCAGAGUCACUUCAUAAACACAAUUUGUUUGGAAAUGUCCAAACACUCACAAGUAGUGGGGGUCCGUUUAGAUUGUUUGAUAUUAAUGGCUACCCACUCACUGAUAGUGAGGGCAACGUACUGUGUGAUCCGUACGGGAAGUGUGUGGUCCAGCUCGAUGCUACAGGGUUUCCGAAAGACGAUACUCAAGUGUUUGAUGCUGCAGGAUUCUCACCCAAAGAUAUUAAAUUUGACCCAACCCGUAAACCAAACACAAACUGUAUCAUUGUCGAACUAACUGAUAGCUUCAAGAGGCCGUUACAUUUGUUUGACAAGUAUGGCCGGCCUCUGACCGAUUGCAGUGGAAAACUGCUGGUUAACAUUCACGGUCGGCCACUACUGCGAUUUGACAGCUUCGGUAGACCUACCACAGACUAUCGAGGUGGUCCUCUAUACACGGAAAACGGUUUCAGGUGGUCUUUAGAAGAACAAUCACAGUCAAAGGAGUUUAUUGAUGAAACUUUAACUUCACAGGGAGUAAAUUUAUUAAAUGGGGCAGAAAAUACACCUGAUUGUAAAGAUACUAUGAAUGAAAAAAAUAGUCCAGAUUGUACAAGAACUGGACAAAAUAAUUUUACUCCAAUUAACUUGAUAAAAUCAGACAUGUGGCUUCAAGUUGAGAAUGUGUUACAAAAAUAUUCCCACAAAACCAAAUCUGAAGAAAAAACAUUGAAACCAAAUGAAGUUAUAGGAGAUUAUUUGAGUCCAAUCAUUUAUCAUCAUAAUGGAAUAAAGAAAUUUACUCAGUACAAUGGAACAGAUAACCAAUGUAAGAAAGAAAGUGAGUUGGAAGAAGUUGAUCAUAAAGUUGAACAUUGCAAUAAAAAUCUUGGGUACGUUUUUCCUCAAGAGGCUAAAAUAAACUACGGUCAAAACAAGGGGUCAGUGACUGGAGAUUUAAACACUUCACAACAUUUUUUACAAAACAUCAAAGUAAUGACCGAUAUCUCAAAAUAUUUUAACAACAAUAACUUUCAAAAAGAACUAAAUUACUUAAGGCCAAAUUUUUUUAUUGGAGAGAACGAUAAGGGGAAACUAAAGGUUACAGCUAAAAAUAACAUCUUGAAGAAAAACCAAAAGAUGUGCCUAUCAUUGUGUGGUACAAGUAACAAUAAUAGAGUGGUAACCACUAACUUUGAUAACAAUGAAUAUGUAAAUAAUCUUUGUAGUGAAAUUCUUAAAAGUAAACUUGAAUCCAAAAUUUUGUUAAUGGGUACUAGCUCCAAAACUCCCCAGGCAAGCACCGGACAUAAUGAAAAUAAAGAUAAUUUUACUGAUGCACCAUUAUCAGAUUUUACGAGUUCAUUUGUUAGUAAAUAUACGAAUGAAAUUCCGCUUUACACAGAUACACCAGCCAACUCUUUAGGCUAUCAAAAUAGAGACUCUGAAAAAUUUAAAUUAUUAAAGGAUGUUAAGAAAUCAAAGGUUGAGAAAAAAAGUAUCAAGAAAGGAAUUGAAAUGAAAGGAGGUGAUUUAAUAGGUCAUUCAGGUGGUCAAAUAACAUCCGAAAAGAGUAAGAUUAAUAAAUCUACAAUACAGAAAGUAAAUAAAAAUCUGAGAAAUGAGGCUCCGAAGAAACAUUUGCAAUCAUCAGGGACAUCUACAGAGACAAACACGUACAUACAUGUCAUCAACAAAAAUAACAACAAAUACCAGAUAAAUGUCAGAGAGAGAUUAAGAACAGGUUAUCAGUCUUGUAAAAAUAAAGAAUUUGCCAUAUUAAACAACAACUGUAUUAUGGAUGACUCGUAUUUCCCAGAGAGAGAUAUUAUUAAUAAAGCAGAAAAGGAGGAUAUUGCUCAACCAGUAAAACAUCCCACUGGAGUAUACCAUGGAGAAUACUGUCGCCAUUUCAAUAAACAAUGCACUAACAAAAACGACUCACCUUUCCGGUUUCCAUCAGAGGAAGAGACAAAUGCACUCAUAGGAUCCAAUAACAAAUUAGAAUUUGUCCAGGAGAACAGUUGGUUGGAUCAAGACAAAAUUAAGCAAUAUGAACGCGGAUAUUUCAAACAGGCUGCAACUAAACCACAGCCUUUGUAUCCAACGAUAGUAAAAAAGCCCCAACGUAACAAUAGGGACUGCAAUUUAGUUUCCUUCCUUGGGACCCCUGUAAAAUAUGUCCUUAACAAAUUAGAUACUAAACUGACUUCAAGGCAUAGAAACCAAAGAUACCAAAAUACAAUGUACUAUCCCAAUAAAAAAUACUAUGGAAAUGACAAAACUGUUAAAACGCUUUACUACAGUUCUAAAGACAACAACAAAUUUACAACCUCUACUGAAACUCAGGUAGAAAGCAAAGGAGUAAAAAAAUAUGUACGAAAGGGUGAUAAACUUGACACUUUUAAAUCAACCAGCUAUUCUGGAAUACAAGAGAGUACAGUUUUGAACAUGAGUUAUUCAGGUUCGCAGGAUACCAGUGGAAAGUUCUCACCAGAAAGCAAAACCUACAAUAAGUGCUUGAGUGAUACGGUAGUAUCAACCGGUCGUAGGAACUCAGUCAUUAAACAGAAAAAGCGAAGAUAUGAAGGGCUAAAACAAAAAAUGGAACAGUAUUCUUUUGAAACUCACUAUGUUCCUGCACACACUACUAAUGAAUCUCAGCCCCGACAAAGGAGUGAGAGAAUUCAAAGGGGUUUAAUCAAACGUAAAUCAAAAUCACCAAAAAUAAAACCCGCAAAACUAUUUAAUAAAACUGGGAUUUCAGGCAGUAGGCCGAAGAAAGCAUGGUAAUUAUGAAAUGGUAUGUUAAUAAAUAAGUUUGUUCAAACAAAUCUAAUUGCUAUUUUUUUUACCUACAAUUUUGGUGUUUAUAAUC